UUAAACCAAUAAUAAAUAAAAAUCAACUUUAUCUUUCUUUCCAUCGUUUCUCUCUCCCACUUGAAAAGGUGGGUAAUGUAGUUACUCACAUAAUGGCUGCCAUAGCUGCAAUUUUAUCAUCAAUACCAUCGUCUUCCUCAUCUUCCAAGUUCUCCAAAUACCAAUCCCAUCCUUCUGCUCCUCCUCCUUGCCGUGUGGUUUGCCGUGGAGGAUCCCAACCUCCUCCCCCGGGAACGACUGACUUCCAAUUUGCUUUGCAUGAUGCCUUGGAUUCUUCUGGAAUCAACACCACUCAUGCCAGAGAGGCAAGGCAAAAUUUCAUGUCACAAAUUAAAAGAUUGUCAAGCAUUGAGAGGGAAAUCAGUAUUAGCAUUAAUAGACGUGUUGAUUUGGCGAAAACGGCACUUUUUAUAGCAGCUGAGGAUGAUUCUCUUAUAUCACACUCUUCGGUUGCUCUCCCCGUGGAUGCUUUCAUUGAAAGAUUGGAUGAUCUUUCCAUGGGAUUCUGCACUAAUAAUAGCUCUGCAUUGAAGUCAUCGCCAGAGAUGCUUCUGGAUAGCUUGGAGAAAUUUUUGUAUGUCAAGAAGGGCUUUCGAAGGAGCACUAUGAAAAGUCGAUUGGAGCCACGAUCUUUGUAUCUUCAUUCUGUUUUGACACAUCGAUCAGGCUCUGCUGUUAUGCUUGCACUUAUAUACUCAGAAAUCCUGAAAACGCUUCGGUUAUGGAGCCUGUUGGAUUUUGAUUGUGAGAUUUUCUUCCCACAUGACAACCAUGGUCUUCCAAGAGGCUAUCACAAGCAGAAAAGUAAGGACUCUGAUCAUCAACACAUUUUGACAUCACUUACUCUGUUGGAGAAGAUUUUGAGAAACUUAAAGGAGGCUUUUUGGCCAUUUCAACAUGAUCAUACCAAGAGUUUAUUCUUACGGGCAGCACAUGCAGCUGACUGUGUUGAUAUAUCAAAAACUUUUGAAGGAAGUGGUGCUGAGCUUGCAUCUGCAAAGGCUGCUCAACAUAGGCUAGACCGUGGUGUUUGGACUAGUGUACACUUCGGGGACAUGAGACGUGCAUUAUCUGCUUGUGAGCGUUUAAUACUCCUUGAAUCCGACCCUAAGGAACUAAGAGACUACAGUGUUCUUUUAUACCAUUGUGGGUUUUAUGAGCAAUCUUUGCAAUAUCUCAAGUUGUAUCAAGAGAAGGGUUCCCCCUUGCAAAAACAGGCAUCCAAUAAAUUAAGCAGCUUGGAGGAAGAUGCUGUGGAGAAACUAAUGAUACGCCUUAACCUCAUUUCAAUGGAGGAAGGUUGGAGCAAGCCCUCACAUGUUAGAAAUUUUCUUGGAAAUAACUCUGAACCUUGGUAGAGCGGUUGGAGCAAGCCCUCACAUGUUAGAAAUUUUCUUGGAAAUAACUCUGAACCUUGGUUGAGCGUCGUAUCAGACAGCUCAGAAACAAAUCUCAUGUUUCAGCACACUAAGCAAGAUGGUUGAAUUUGGUUCAUGCCAACUGGGAAGAAGAUGGUUUGUCUGACUUGAUUCUGUAUGUCCCACCCACAAGGAGCAGGGAAUCUUUAGGGUUUCAUUGCUCAUCAUACUACCAGAUCACCCAGAAACUCAGGCAAUUGGAUCUAGAUGCCGAGUGUUUCAACUGAUGCUCCUAUUUUUGAGACCUGGAAUCCAUGAGGGAAUGUUUUCAGCUCAACAGUCAAAUUUGGGAAGAACUAGCGUUUUGAUGGAGGUGCUGUAUAAUUUAUCUCUCGCGAUGCAAAAGCUCUAACCACAACACUACUAACAUGUGUCUCUCGCGUAUAAUACUGUGUAUAAUACUGCCUAGUUCCAUCAAGGGUAACUAACAAGUGAAAAAACACAAUGUAAUGAAGUUGCUAUGAAAUAUGAGAAACUUAGCACUUGAGAUUGA